AUGGUGCUCUUCAAGUCUCCUCAUCCGCGGAUCGAGAUCCCGGAAGACAUCACAACGUGGGAAUGGGUCUUUGAGACGAAAGAGUUCUCCCCACUGUACAAAACGCCCCGGCAGCCGCUGGCCGGAUAUGUCAAUGCCAUCACCAAGGAGCGCUUGGAUUGGGCCGCCGUCAAGACCGCCGCCACACAGCUGAGCACCGCACUGGUCAAGGAGUAUGCGUUCCAGCCCGGCGAGACAGUUUCGCUGUUCAGCACCAACACCAUCUGGUACCCGGUGGCCAUGUGGGCCGUCAUCCGAGCAGGGGGAAGGGUCAACGGCGCGUCUCCGGCCUACAACGUCGAGGAGAUGACCUACGCGCUGAAGAUCGCAAAGUCUCGGUUCCUCGUCACGUUGCCGACGUCCUUGGAUGUGGCGUUGGCGGCGGCUCGCAAUGUAGGCAUUCCACGCCACCACGUCUUCCUGCUCGAAGGCAAGGCGGACGGCUGCAUCAGUAUCCAGGAUCUCAUGAAGCGCGGCGAGAGGUACACUCCCGAUCCGCCGUACCGGGUGCCACGCGGCAAGACGAAUAAGGACGUCUGUGGGUAUUUGAAUUUCAGCAGCGGCACGACGGGGCUGCCCAAGGCGGUUAUGCUCUCGCACCACAACGUCAUCGCACAGUGCCACCAGCUCAGACAGAUCCAGGCCCCCGGGCCGUACAAGAUCCUGGCCGUGAUGCCGUUGUUCCACAUCACCGGCCUGGUGAGGUUCUGCACGUAUCCGAUCUUCAUGAACGGGGACAGUGUGAUGCUCCCGGCGUUUAGCAUGGAGUCGAUGCUCCGCGCCAUCUGCGAAUUCCAGAUCCAAGAACUGAUUCUCGUCCCGCCCAUCAUCAUCCGCCUGGUCCGCGACAAGAUCGUCGACAACUACGACCUCAGCCACGUCAACCGGUGGUCGUCGGGCUCGGCGCCCAUCUCGCCCGAAAUCAUCGCCCUGCUACAGAAAAAGUUCCCCUGGACGGGCUUCCGCCAGGGCUACGGGGCCACGGAGUCGACGGCGUGCAUUUCGGCUCAUCCGCCCUCGCAUUACGACUACAAGUACGCCACCACGGGAGGGCUGUUGGUCGCCAACACCGUGGCCAAGGUCAUUGACCUGACGACGGGCCAGGAACUCGGGCCCGGGGAGACGGGCGAGAUUCUCGCGCGGGGACCCCAGAUCGCGAUGGGCUACCUGGACAACCCGGCGGCGACGGCCGAGACGUUCGACCAGGACGGGUUCUUCCACACGGGGGACGUGGGCCAUUUCGACACCGAGGGCCUGAUCCACAUCGAGGACCGCAUCAAGGAGAUGAUCAAGGUCAAGGGCCUGCAGGUGCCGCCGGCCGAGCUGGAGGAUCUGCUGCUCGGCCACCCGGAGGUCGAGGACUGUGCGGUGCUGGGCAUCCCCGACGAGUACUCGGGCGAGAGACCCAAGGCGUAUGUGGUGCUGAAGUCUGGCGUGCGCGAGAGCGACGAGGUCGGCCGGCGGCUGCUGCAGUUCGUCAAGGAGCGCAAGGUGCGCUACAAGUGGAUCGUCGAGAUCGAGUUCACGCAGCAGGUCCCCAAGAGUCCAACCGGCAAAUUGCUGCGCCGGAUCCUGAAGGUCAAGGACAAGGAAGGCAAGGAUAGGGGGCUGAGGGUGAGGGACGGGGGGGAGAGGGCACGGCUGUGA